UCCACCGGAGCCGCGGCCCACCGCCACGUGCUGACGUGCACUCCACCUCACACGGGACCGACCCUGAACCAGAAGAUCCAUCCACCGGGCCUGGGCUUAUUUAAGCAGCGGCAUCCACAGGCCGAUCGAUCGCUCUAUUCCCAGUUUCCCGCUCCCGGUCUCAAAGCUUCCUCCACACCACUCCCUCAUCUCGUUCUCGUCCGUUAAGCCACAACAACCGCUCGAUCGGCUCACUUCUUCCGGCCCCAUCAGCAACAUGGAGCUCCCGGCCGCCUCCGUCCCCCAUUCCGUGUGCACGGCGUACUGCCACCUCGUCACGGCGUCGGCGACGGGGCAGCGCUCCCGACGGAGGCCGCCGCCGCCGCGGCGGAGGCAGGGCAGGUGCUGCGCCGCGCUCAAGCAGCACAAGACGAGGCUCUACAUCCUCGGGAGGUGCCUGGCCAUGCUCCUCUGCUGGCACGACCGCGACGACUCCGACUGAAUCACUCUUCAGGGUGGUCCAUAUAUACUGAUACAUAAGAAGCAUGAAAUCGGAUCCAUCGAUCGGCUAUGUUUUG